UUUCGAGAGUUUUAAAGCGACAGAAGUUCAUGAGCUGGAAAAACUUCCUACGAAUCUGAACAGACUACAGAUUGAAGGAUGCCCCGGACUAGAAUCUCUGCCAGAGAGCUUGUUGCAAGACUGUCCUAAUCUCCAAGAACUUUUAGUCGUUGGUUGCCAUUCCCUGAAGGGCUUUACCUUUCUUGAAGGAUACCCUUCAUCCACUUUGAAGACUCUGUACAUAAGAGAUUGCAUGAAGCUGGAACUUGGAGAAAGUUUCAUAUUCCAAGAGCUCGAGGAUCUCUUCAUAGGCAGUAGUUGCAGCACUCUCUGCUCAUUCCCCUUAGCCUUGUUUCCGAAACUCAAAAGCCUUUCAAUAAGACAGUGUGAGACAUUCAUCUGUUUCACCGUCACCUUGGAUAGUGGUGAUGUUGGUUUAGCUCUUGAGUCCUUGGAGAUUACGGAUUGUCCAAACCUGGAACGUUUCCCAAAAGAAGGAUUGCUAACCCUGAAACUCACAUCAAUGCUACUCUCAAACUGUAGGAAUCUCAAAGAACUUCCUGCAGAUUUGUCUACAUUCACUUCUCUUAUGUCGAUUCAUAUAAACGAUUGUCCUAAACUUGAAGACAUUCCGGACCAGGGUUUCCCCAAAAGUCUUAUGACGCUUUGCAUCAGUCGCUGUCAAAAGCUCAGACCAAAAGUGGAGUGGUUCAUGUCUCGUCUUGGUAACUUGCGUGAUCUUGAGAUCGAUGGAGGAAAUGAUGUCGACACUGAAUCAUUCCCUGAUAAAGACCUCCUGCCUCGGAGCCUUUACUCUCUACGCAUAAGGGAUUUCAAGAAUCUGCAGACUCUGAAUUACCAAGGAACUCAAGGCUUACGAGCUCUGGGGAUACUUGAAAUCAGCGGAUGUGAUAAGUUAGCAUCACUGCCAGAUGAAGGACUUCCUUCCUCACUGUCUCUCCUGCGUAUCAAUGGCUGUCCUGUUUUGAAAGACAAGAUAUGUAAAAGAGAUAUGGAAUGGUUCAAGAUCAAGGAUAUCCAGCUGGUGGAGAUCGAUGGUGAACAACUCCUCCGUGGAAGGUAUCUAUAA